CACAAGUACUGAUUGAUGUAGCUUAGCCGGUUUGUUGUUUUUUUUAACCUAACACACGGAGUCGCAAACCAGUUAGGCCAAUUUGAGUUUUGCGGAUUGCGGGAACCCAGCUUGUACGGUGCUUUAUUGUAUCGCGCUACCCGAGAAUAUUCUUGGAACACAGGUGCAUCUUCACGACCAUUUCAGUAGAAAAUGUUACGGGUGAAGAAUGGACUUCUGCAUCAUUGGCCCUUAUGUUGCAGGAAAGAAGCAAGUUUCCCUCCCCUCCGACCGAAUUGGCGUUUGCUACAUCAGCAUGUAUUCCACCCUGAAUGGGCUGCUAUGGCUAAAAAGCAGCUAAAGGGCAAAAGCCCUGAAGAGUUGAUAUGGCACACUCCAGAGGGAAUUGCCAUCAAACCACUGUAUUCUACACGUGAUACAGCAGGUUUUCCUGAAGAAUUACCUGGAGUAAAGCCCUUCACUAGAGGUCCUUAUCCUACCAUGUAUACGUACAGGCCUUGGACCAUCCGCCAAUAUGCUGGCUUCAGUACUGUGGAGGAAAGCAACAAGUUUUAUAAAGAUAACAUCAAGGCUGGUCAGCAGGGUUUAUCCGUCGCAUUUGAUUUAGCAACUCAUCGUGGUUAUGACUCAGAUAAUCCUCGAGUUCGGGGUGAUGUUGGAAUGGCUGGAGUUGCCAUUGACACAGUAGAAGAUACUAAGAUUCUUUUUGAUGGAAUUCCCUUGGAGAAAAUGUCUGUUUCAAUGACAAUGAACGGGGCGGUAAUUCCUAUCCUAGCUACGUUCAUUGUUACUGGAGAAGAACAAGGAGUACCUCAAUCCAAGCUGACAGGGACAAUACAAAAUGAUAUACUGAAGGAAUUCAUGGUUCGAAAUACAUACAUUUUCCCACCAGAACCAUCAAUGCGAAUAAUUGCUGACAUCUUCCAAUACACAUCAAAGCACAUGCCAAAAUUUAAUUCUAUUUCUAUCAGUGGAUACCAUAUGCAAGAGGCUGGCGCUGAUGCCAUUUUGGAGUUAGCAUAUACAAUAGCUGAUGGCUUGGAGUACUGCAGAACUGGACUUAAAGCUGGUCUCACCAUUGAUGAAUUUGCACCAAGGCUUUCUUUCUUCUGGGGAAUUGGUAUGAACUUCUAUAUGGAAAUAGCUAAAUUAAGAGCUGGGAGACGGCUUUGGGCUCAGUUAAUAGAGAAAAUGUUUCAGCCCAAGGACACCAAAUCACUUCUCCUUCGAGCUCAUUGUCAGACUUCAGGAUGGUCACUAACUGAGCAGGAUCCUUACAAUAACAUUAUCCGCACCACAGUUGAAGCAAUGGCAGCUGUGUUUGGUGGUACCCAGUCCUUGCAUACAAAUUCAUUUGAUGAAGCUUUAGGACUGCCAACUGUGAAAAGUGCACGAAUUGCAAGGAAUACACAGAUAAUAAUACAAGAAGAAUCCGGCAUACCCAAAGUUGCUGAUCCGUGGGGUGGUUCAUUUUUAAUGGAAUCUCUUACCAAUGAUGUUUAUGAAGCUGCUUUAAAGCUCAUCAAUGAGAUUGAGGAGAUGGGUGGAAUGGCCAAAGCUGUAGCUGAAGGAAUACCAAAACUUCACAUUGAAGAAUGUGCUGCUCGAAGACAAGCCAGGAUUGAUUCUGGAUCAGAAGUCAUUGUUGGAGUAAACAAGUACCAGUUAGAAAAAGAAGAGACUGUUGAAGUUUUGGCAAUUGAUAAUACAUCAGUCCGUAACAAACAGAUUGAGAAGCUGAUAAAGGUGAAAGCUUGCAGAGAUGAAGUAGCAGCCCAAAAGUGUCUCACUGCUUUAACUGAAUGUGCGACUACAAGCCAAGGUAACUUGCUGGCCCUGGCAGUAGAAGCAGCACGUGCAAGAUGUACAGUUGGCGAAAUAACAGAUGCAAUGAAAAAGGUGUUUGGUGAGCACAGAGCCAGCGAUCGCAUGGUGAGUGGCGCAUAUCGUCAGGAAUUUGGAGAGAGUGACGAGAUUACUCAAGCCAUCAGCAGAGUUAACAAUUUUCUGGAACGGGAAGGUCGUAGACCACGUCUUUUGGUUGCUAAAAUGGGCCAGGAUGGUCAUGACAGAGGAGCCAAAGUAAUUGCUACAGGAUUUGCUGACCUUGGUUUUGAUGUAGAUAUAGGUCCACUGUUCCAGACACCCCUUGAAGUGGCCCAACAGGCUGUAGAUGCUGAUGUGCACUGUGUAGGCGUGAGCACACUAGCUGCCGGUCACAAAACUCUUGUUCCUGAACUCAUUAAACAGCUAAAUAGCCUUGGCCGUCCAGAUAUUCUUGUUAUGUGUGGAGGUGUCAUCCCUCCUCAGGAUUAUGAUUACCUGUAUGACUCUGGUGUUUCCAAUAUAUUCGGCCCAGGAACUCGAAUCCCUAAAGCAGCUGUCCAGGUUCUUGAUGAUAUUGAAAAAUGUCUGGAUAAGAGGCAGCAAUUGCUAUAAACCACUAUCAUUUAAUAAUUCAUUCUGCAUAUUAUAUAUAUGUACAGAUUUAUCAUAUGAAUAUGAUAUGACUAAUUGCAAGGAAAAUAAUCAAUUUAAAUCAGCUUCAAUGCCUGAUAUUGUGUUGUGCUUUCUAAGAAAGUAGAAAAUGCAUGUGGGGUUAAACAUAAAAAAAGUUUAUGAAUGGGUAUGUAUAAAAAUUUAUCAAUAAAAUCAAAAUGGCUCAAUAAAACUUCAAGUGAAUGUUUAAAUA